CUGGGCCCGCGCGCUUCGCCUGAGCCUCGGCCCUGGCAGGCUUGCCCUCCGUGAGGAGGGGCGUCCCUGCGGCGGGGGGCUGCGCGGCGGCCUCGCUGGACGCGCCUUUCGCUUCCCCGGCGCCGCCGCCGCCUCCUCCCCUCCCCUCCCUCGGCUCCGGGGCGGCGGUGGCGGCGGAGGAGGAGGAGGGCAGGCGGUGCUCGGAGCCAGAGCUGCUGCUGCUGGGGAAGAUGGCGGGCAACGGCGCGGGCUUCGCCGGGGCGGGCAGCGGGGAGAUCGUCCAGCUCAACGUCGGGGGGACCAGGUUCAGCACUUCAAGACAAACACUAAUGUGGAUUCCAGACUCUUUCUUUUCCAGUUUGCUUAGUGGAAGAAUUUCAACACUGAAAGAUGAAACUGGUGCUAUAUUUAUUGAUCGAGAUCCUGCAGCCUUUGCACCUAUUUUAAAUUUUCUUCGAACAAAGGAAUUAGAUUUGCGGGGAGUGAGUAUUAAUGUACUCAGACAUGAAGCAGAAUUUUAUGGAAUCACACCUUUAGUAAGAAGAUUGCUCUUAUGUGAAGAGCUGGAGCGUUCCUCUUGUGGCAGUGUCCUAUUUCAUGGAUAUCUUCCACCUCCAGGCAUUCCAAGUCGCAAGAUCAGCAGUUCUGCAGGUGUGUCUGCUGAUGUUAGGUCACCUCAGAAUGGUCCAGAAGGAGAAGCACGUGGAGGAAACAUGCAGCCUUCACUUGCUGGUGCUGGAGAGGAUGCAGUUAGGCUAGGGUUUCCUGUGGAUCCACGGAAAGUUUUGAUAGUGGCUGGUCAUCAUAACUGGAUUGUAGCUGCAUAUGCUCACUUUGCAGUUUGUUACAGAAUUAAAGAAUCCUCUGGAUGGCAACAAGUAUUCACCAGUCCAUACUUAGAUUGGACUAUUGAGCGUGUGGCAUUAAAUGCAAAGGUUGUUGGUGGACCACAUGGAGAUAAAGAUAAAAUGGUGGCUGUUGCAUCUGAGAGCAGCAUCAUCUUAUGGAGUGUUCAGGAUGGUGGUAGUGGUAGUGAAAUAGGGAUAUUUAGUCUUGGAGUACCAGUAGAUGCUCUGUUCUUUAUUGGUAACCAGUUGGUGGCUACUAGUCAUACAGGAAAAGUGGGAGUAUGGAAUGCUGUGACUCAACACUGGCAGGUUCAGGAUGUUGUUCCUAUCACUAGUUAUGAUACUGCUGGAUCAUUCCUAUUGCUGGGCUGCAACAACGGCUCCAUAUAUUACAUUGAUAUGCAAAAAUUUCCAUUACGGAUGAAGGAUAAUGAUCUUCUGGUGACAGAACUUUAUCAUGAUCCUUCCAAUGACGCCAUAACAGCACUUAGUGUUUACCUUACACCAAAAACAAGUGUAAGUGGCAAUUGGAUUGAAAUUGCAUAUGGCACAAGUUCGGGAGCAGUGCGUGUAAUUGUGCAACACCCAGAAACAGUUGGCUCAGGCCCUCAACUCUUUCAGACUUUCACUGUUCAUCGAAGCCCCGUUACAAAGAUCAUGUUGUCUGAGAAACAUCUUGUGUCAGUUUGUGCAGAUAACAAUCAUGUUCGGACAUGGACAGUGACUCGUUUCAGAGGGAUGAUUUCAACACAGCCAGGAUCGACUCCUUUGGCAUCAUUUAAAAUUUUGUCCUUGGAGGAGACUGAGAGUCAUGGAAGUUAUUCUUCAGGAAAUGAUAUAGGGCCAUUCGGUGAGCGUGAUGAUCAACAGGUGUUUAUCCAAAAAGUUGUUCCCAUCACUAACAAACUCUUUGUAAGGCUGUCUUCUACAGGAAAAAGGAUAUGUGAAAUUCAGGCGGUUGACUGUACUACAAUUUCAGCAUUCACUGUACGUGAAUGUGAAGGAUCUAGUAGGAUGGGCUCAAGGCCCCGACGCUACCUCUUCACAGGGCAUGUGAAUGGCAGUAUUCAGAUGUGGGACCUGACCACAGCAAUGGAUAUGGUUAAUAAAAGUGAAGAAAAAGAUGUGGGAGGUCCUACUGAAGAAGAAUUGCUUAAGCUUUUAGAUCAGUGUGAUCUAAGCACAUCUCGCUGUGCAACUCCCAACAUCAGCCCAGCCACUUCAGUGGUGCAGCAAAGUCGACUGCGUGAAUCAAAUUCUAGCCUCCAGUUGCAGCACCGGGAAACAAUCCAUGAAACUGCCACAUACGGUGCCAUACGACCAUAUAGAGAAAGCCCUUUGUUAGCCAGGGCACGAAGGACAGAAAGCUUUCAUAGUUACAGGGAAAUUCAGGCCUUUAAUUUGAGCAAAACUAUGAUAGACAAAGCUGUUCCUCAGAAUGGCAACCAGAGUCCUGUACAGAUGGAAGUGAAGAGGAUAAGUGAAAACCUAAGUGAGAAAAAGGUUUCAACCUCCCCAAUUGAGGUGAGAUCGCCUAGAACAACAGAUAGUGGCACUGAAGUUCAAAAAAUACCUGAAAAUCUAUCGGAGAUGAAGAAACGAGGAACUGAUGAAGACACUGAGGUCAAAGCAGACAAUAAAAAGAAAAGUGGAUUUGAAGGGGGAGGAUUCUUGGGAAGGAAGAAAGUGCCACACCUGGUGUCUUCAUCAAGUAGUAUCGUGGAAGGAGGCCCAGAAGCACUUGGUACCGCUUCCCCAUCCCCUACAAAGACACCAGUUUCUCCACGGCAUAAGAAAAGCGAUUCUUCCUGCCAGGAUUAUACCUUGUAAAGGGACAUAAAUAUUCCAGAAAUAUCACAAGUUUUAACACUAAACUGGCUGAAAUGUUUACAUUUAUACAUUUGUAAGUCUGUGACUUUAUAACCGAGGGCCGUGUUUGAAGUGGAAUACGAGUAUGUGGAGUGCAUUAUUCAACACAAAGAACUGGCUUCAUAGCACAACCAACAGAAGCAUUUUUGAAAUGUUCUUAACUAGUAUCAACUUUGUACAACUAUUAAUAUGAAGUCCAGUUCUGGUACAGACUCUGAUUUCAAGCAAACUAGCAUGCACUACCAUUUUGUUUGUAGGUGUUAUUUCUGUUGUGUGUUAACUAUUUUCCAUUCCUGGCUCUUCUCAUUCUAAAUAUUUAAUGGUCUGUUUGUUGGUCUUCAGUCAGUUGUCACUUAACACUUUUAGUGUAUCAGUGUUGGGAGUAAUAAGGAAAGAAGGCUGCAUGGCUGCUUUACCUUAUGUUUGCCUUUUCUGUUGGGGCACAACAUUCAUUACUAGCAUUAAUACAUUUUGCAUUCAUCAUGUGCUGCAAUUUGUUAAUUUAAUCAUACUACAAUUCUGACAUAUAAAAAUGUCUUGUUACCGGUUAUGGUUGCUGUAAAGCAUUAUUUUGCAUAUCUUUGUCUUUAAUAUUAAAGUAUACAGAGUUAA